AUGUUGGCCGUCCAGAAUAUGAAAUUUGGCAUCUUCCUUUUGUGGUGGGGCUGUGUUUUAGCCACUGAAAGCAGAGUGCAUUGGCCGGGAAGAGAAGUACACGAAAUGUCUAGGAGAGGCAGUAGGCCUCAAAGACAGAGACAAGAAGCACACGAGGAUGCCCACAAGCAAGGCAGCCCAAUUCUGAAGCGGAGCCCUGACAUCACCAAAUCACCACUGACAAAGUCAGAGCAGCUGCUGAGGAUAGAUGACCAUGACUUCAGCAUGCGGCCUGGCUUUGGAGGCCCAGCCAUUCCUGUUGGUGUGGACGUGCAAGUGGAGAGCUUGGACAGCAUCUCUGAGGUCGACAUGGAUUUUACCAUGACUCUCUACCUGAGGCAUUACUGGAAGGAUGAGAGGCUGUCUUUUCCAAGCACCAACAAUCUCAGCAUGACAUUUGAUGGCCGGCUGGUAAAAAAGAUAUGGGUCCCUGACAUGUUCUUCGUGCACUCCAAGCGCUCCUUUAUCCACGACACCACCACUGACAAUGUCAUGCUGCGCGUCCAGCCUGAUGGGAAGGUGCUCUACAGCCUCAGGGUUACAGUGACUGCUAUGUGCAACAUGGACUUCAGCCGGUUUCCCCUGGACACACAAACAUGCUCACUUGAAAUUGAAAGCUAUGCCUAUACAGAAGAUGACCUCAUGCUCUACUGGAAAAAAGGCAAUGACUCCUUAAAGACAGAUGAGCAGAUUUCACUCUCCCAGUUCCUCAUUCAAGAAUUCCACACUGCCACUAAACUGGCUUUCUACAGCAGCACAGGCUGGUACAAUCGCCUAUACAUUAAUUUCACUUUGCGUCGCCACAUCUUCUUUUUCUUGCUCCAAACCUAUUUCCCUGCGACCCUGAUGGUCAUGCUGUCCUGGGUGUCCUUCUGGAUUGACCGCAGAGCUGUGCCCGCCAGAGUUCCCUUGGGCAUCACGACGGUGCUGACCAUGUCCACCAUCAUCACGGGUGUGAACGCCUCCAUGCCCCGCGUGUCCUACAUCAAGGCCGUGGACAUCUACCUCUGGGUCAGCUUCGUGUUCGUGUUCCUUUCGGUGCUGGAGUACGCGGCUGUCAACUACCUGACUACCGUGCAGGAGCGGAGGGAGCGGAAGCUGCGGGAGAAGCUGCCCUGCACCUGUGGGCUACCUCAGUCCCGUGCAGGGAUGCUCGAUGGCAGCUACAGUGACGGUGAGAUGAACGACUUGGGUAACUACACACCAGAAAAUGGGGAGAAGCCCGACAGGAUGAUGGUACAGUUGACCUUGGCCUCAGAGAGGAGCUCCCCUCAGAGGAAGAGUAAGAGAAGCAGCUAUGUGAGCAUGAAGAUCAACACCCAUGCCAUUGAUAAAUACUCCAGGAUCAUUUUUCCAGCAGCAUAUAUUUUAUUCAAUUUAAUAUACUGGUCUAUUUUUUCAUAGAUGCUAUACUUCAGUAAAUUCCUUCUUUAAUGGUAUGUACUACAGGAAAAACCUGGCAUGAUGAAAA